AUGUUUCUCACGCUUUGCCAAGAGCUGCGUGAGCUUUUUCAGGACGACGACCUUGAACUGACAUUUUCCGAGGAUGAUGACUUCAGUGAGGACAAUUUCUCUGCUCGGCGGCACGCGGCGGCUUCCAAAAAGUCUGAUUAUGACCCGGACGCUGAUGACUACGUCAUGUCUGUUAGGCCGAGCGAGCCAGGAGAUGAUGAGGAAAAGAAGAUGAUCCAGCAUCAAAUCGCAAGCUUAAGCAGUCGUAUUUCUGCAGGAGGUGCACCUGAAGUUUUGGACCACUAUCAUAAAGUCAAAGAAGACCUAGUCCUACAGUUGGCCAUGCGGGGAACAUGCCACAAGCCUGCCAAGUUGGAAAAUGAUCUUGAAUCGACACUAUCAACACUGUCGACUUGCGACACAUAUCCCGAUGACCAUAUCUUCAUCCCGCCAGAAAAGGAAGACGCAGUCAAGUUCAACAUGCCAACCUCGGGCAUCAUGGGUCCCAGAGCCAGAAGACUCAGUGGGAGGGCGAUCUUCGAAGGGAAGGAUUCUGAUGGUCAAGAUGCACAUGACAUCGCCUAG